AAUUCAUUAUUGAUUAAAAAAAAUUACAGUAUUUAUCACUUUUUUAAUUUUAUUGUUAUCCUAUGAUAUCAUUCAUAUAUGACCUUACGCGAUUCCGUGAUAGUUACAUUAGUUUUUACCCAAAGUAUAAAAAUAAAUUCAUCAUAUAUUAGUGCAUUAAUAAUUUGCGCAGUUAGUGGCACAUCGUAUCUGUUUGGUGCUUAUUCUACAGAAUUGGUGGGUAAACUAGAAUUUAAUUCUGUAGAAUUAAAUAUUAUCGGAAGCGCAGCAAAUUACGGAUCUAUCUUAGUGGUUCUUUCAAACAGAUGAAAUAAAAUUUAACAAAGAUUAAUGCAAAAAAGAUACAACUUUAAAUAAAAUUUU